AAACCAUCAUCACAAGCAGCAUGUCAAGCUCCGAGCCUCUCGUUGUGGGCGUCAUUUUCCCGGUCAAGAAGAUCGCACGGCUGCAAGAGGUGCUGGAUGUGGAGGCAGAUAGUGUGCGCUUCGUUCUGAUCGACUUAGAGGCCGCGAUACCCACGGGUGCCUCCGUGACGGAUGCCGACCUGGAGGCUGCGGCUAUGCGCCUCGCUGCAUAUUAUGGACCUCUGGACGUGUUACUGCACAAACUGGCGCAUGAUAUGGUGUUCGCUGGACUAGGGAAUCAAGACGCAGCCAACCGCGUGCAACUGGUGCAGCAUUUCUUGCGACGUCAUCCCUCAGUGCGUGUAGUGGACCCGAUUGACAGCGUUCGGUUGCUAACGGACCGCCACGCAGCCUGCAAAAUGCUGCGGAGCAUGGAACAGAAUGGAAAUAUACGGACACAGCGCUUUAAAGUGCCCAAUUUCUACGAGGUGAAGAGUCUUGAGCAGUUUCAGGCGCUGCAGGAGGAGCUAGGCGCUAGACGCACGAAACUCCCGCUUAUCUGCAAGUCCGUCGAGGCCUGCGCGACGGACCGUUCGCACAUGAUGAGUGUCAUCACCAAGCGCGAAGAUCUGCACUACGUCGAAUACCCAACGCUGUAUCAGGAAUUCAUUAACCACUCGGGUCGCCUCUUCAAGGGCUACGUGUUGGGCGACAUCAUCAAUGUUGCAGAGCGACGGUCAUUGCCGAACCUCGUGGCUGGAACUGCUCAACACGUGCACUUUGACACGCAGCAGAACUACCCUACAAGCAGAGAUUUUCAUCCUCACGUAGACGACAGCACGUCGCAAGAAGAGAUUGUUGGUGGGUGGACGCAGGAAGAAAUUUUCGCGGGCGUGCGCGAGAUCGGCAAAUGUCUUCGUGACGAGCUGAAGCUGACACUGUUCGGCUUCGACGUCAUUGUGGCAGAUGACGGCUCGCAAGAACUCUACGUAAUUGAUGUCAACUACUUCCCGUCCUACAGAGAGCUUGACGACUUGGACUCCAUCCUCAGGAAGCACAUCAAGCAGCUGUGUGGUCGCCAGUAAGGUCAUUUAAGGCAUUUACACUUCGACUUCCGUGUUUGCUACUGUAGACAACCACAAAUCUAUACGUUCCCUGCAGCACCGGUCGAGUGUUGAUGAAUAAAAUCUACAGCUCGUACCACGUUUUUUCCUGCUUGGCCUUUUCAAUGCGCUCCUUGCGUUUUAAAACAGCGGCGGCGGUGACUGGUCUUGCCAUAGUUUUUACUUCACUUCGACUAGAUCUACCAGCAUUGUGAAAACCGUCUCCAGAUAGUUUUGUGUACAUUUCAUUCACUUUUUCUUCACGCGCGAACUGCCACUGCGCUUUGUCUCCACUGAAAAAUGUCUCGAGGAUUUCACGGAGCUGGUCGUUCCAGCUCUUCACUUGAUGAUAUUGGUCUAACGC